AUGGUGGCAUUUACCGAUUUGGACGAUAUACUUAUCCCAGUGCAACCGAUGCGAGUUUAUUCAUCCGUCAACAUCGAUCUAUUAGAAGAUCUUGCACGCGAACACCCACAAGCAGGCUCAUUUCUGUUCGAGCAUCGAGAUGUCCGUCUCAUAUUGCCUGAAGAUCAGCAAGCGACACCUAUCAACAAUUUCAAUUUUGAUUUUUUGAUCCAUUCGGACUGGAAAAAAGGAUGCUCUCUGCGGCGCAUGAAAACAAGAGUUGUUGUCAAUGCAAGCAGAGUGGACAGUGUAAAUAUGCAUGAAACUGGCAUUCAUCGACUCGGCCACACACAAGUGCGAGUUCCGUGCCACCGAGCUCAUUUCUACCACAUGCGGCAUUCAUUCCGAGAACCUGAAGUAGCUCAGAGUUUGAAUAUGUUCAAUUUGCUUCGAUUGAUCAAUUCGAAUUUUCAAGAACGACUUAAAACAACACUUAACGCGAUAUCGGAGCUGAGCCUGAACAACUCGAUUACCGAGACUCUGAAUGAUUUCGAUAGAUGCGUCAAAGAAGUCAACAAAGAACAUUUCACGCUAAAGGUGUCACGUUGCAUGACACCGCACGCUUGCAAUCUGAAAUUGUCCAGCGAUGUUGCUUGCACUGCGUCGACUGGAAACUAUGAGUUUGUUUAUGCUUCCGGCGAUUUCCUUCUCGGACUAAUGGGUGCGCAAUUUGUGAAGAGCAACGCUAACUGCGAUGCGCCCAUUUCAGCAAUUCUCAAAGGCGAUCAUUUCUAUGCGCCAUGA